AUCUCUCGCCCUGGACGACCCCGAUGCUCUGCUAUUUCGUACGUCUUUCCUUGUCUCGCAGCCGGCGAGGAGGCGUAAGGCUUUCCCCCUUCCUCCCGCACCCUUCUUCAGCGAACUCUGGGAGCUGUGACCUCGUCAGAUUACUGUGGGCGCUCAGGCUUUCAGGAUGCAGAACUAUACAACAAUAAAAACAUUGGUGGUGCUUCUUACACUGUGGAUCAAUUCUUUGGCUGCCGAGAAGAAUAUAAUUCUUCGAGCUUUGUCAGCAACUUCAAAUGUCAACAUUAGAAAGACACGAGAUGUCAGUGGUCCCUCAAUUCUAGUUACUUCUAAACCCUCUUGUCCUUCAUUUAUAUCUUGUCCUUAUCCACCAUACCCUAGACCAACAACCAAACGUCCAACAGCCACAACAAAAGGUGUUGUGGAUUAUUUUGGAUCAGAAAGCUAUCCAAUGGAUGAAUAUUCCACAACUACUAGUGAAACUGAAAAUAAAUCUGAGCAGCCGGAAGGAGGAAGUGAACUAGGGAAUAUUCAGGGUCCUUCCAUCUCAGCCACCACAAAACCACCAUGUCCAGGAUAUAUUACAUGUCCGUACCCUCCAUAUCCUAGACCAACAACUAAGCCUCCACUAGUAGAUAAUGUAGCAUCUUCUCUUAGUACUUCUUCAGAAAAAUUGAUUGUAGAGUACAUUGACCCAGGAAAAGAAGAUUCAGAAAAGUCUUCAUCAGUCAGUGAAUCACAUUCUCAUUCUGACGGGUCAGUUGCUGUAAAUAAAUCUGGGAAUGCCCAAGGGCCUUCAAUUUCAGCUACUUCUAAACCCCCAUGCCCUUCAUACAUAUCUUGCCCAUAUCCUGGGUAUCCCAGGCCUACAACUAAAUCUCCUCUAGAAGAGAGCGUUACAGAACUGUCUGCAACCACUGUUCCAGAUAAAGAAAUAGUGGACUACAUAGGUCCAGAGAAAGAGGAUACCUCAGAGAAGACUCCAUCUGUCAGUGAAAUAACUUUGAAACCUGAAGUAAUAGAUGGUGUAAAUAAACCAGGAAAUGCCCAAGGGCCUUCCAUAUCAGCAACUUCCAAGCCACCAUGUCCCUCUUUUAUAACCUGCCCAUAUCCCCCAUAUCCCAGGCCUACAACUAAACCUCCUCAAGAAGAGAGUGCAGCAAAACCUUCUACAACUACUGUUCCAGAUAAAGAAAUAGUGGACUACAUAGGUCCAGAGAAAGAGGAUAUUCCAGAAAAGACCCCAUCUGUCAGUGAAACAACUUCAAAACCUGAAGUGAUAGACAACGUAAAUAAGCCAGGAAAUGCCCAAGGCCCUUCAAUUUCAGCUACUUCUAAACCACCAUGUCCUUCAUACAUAUCUUGCCCAUAUCCUGGGUAUCCCAGGCCUACAACUAAAUCUCCUCAAGAAGAGAGUGUAACAAAAACGUCUGCAACCACUGUGCCAGAUAAAGAAAUAGUGGACUACAUAGGUCCAGAAAAAGAGGAUAUCCCAGAGAAGUCUCCAUCUGUCAGUAAAAUAACUUUGAAACCUGAAGUAAUAGAUGGUGUAAAUAAACCAGGAAAUGCCCAAGGUCCUUCCAUAUCAGCAACUUCCAAGCCACCAUGUCCCUCUUUUAUAACCUGCCCAUAUCCUCCAUACCCUAGGCCAACCACUAAAGCUCCUCAAGAAGAGGGUGCAACAAAACCUUCUUCAACUACUGUUCCAGAUAAAGUAAUAGUGGAUUAUGUUAGCCCAGAUAAAGAAGACACAUCAGAUAUGACUCCAUCUGUAAGUGACACGAAUCCUAAACCUGAUACAUCAUACAGUUUAAAUAGACCAGGAAAUGCUCAAGGUCCUUCAAUAUCAGCUACUUCCAAACCACCAUGUCCUUCAUAUAUAACAUGUCCGUAUCCUUCAUAUCCUAGACCUACAACAAAAAGGCCUUUCUUUGAUAAAAUUGCAACAUCUUUGCAUCUAAUUUCUUAUGAUAAAACAGCCAUUGACAAUGUUGAACCAGACAGCACUGCUUCACCAGAAGAUCUUCAAAGUAUUGGUGAAGCGAGUCCUCCAACAACUGCAACCGUUGAUUCUGCAGAUGGUGCUUCUGUUUCUUUUGAAAGUAAUGCUAUUGUUCCUGUUACUCUUAAUGAUGAUUCUGAAAACAAGCAAUCUAGUCCAGUAACUUCAGAAACUACGUCUCCUGAAAAUAUUUCAUCUAUUAAAAACAUAGAAGUUGAGUCUAUUGCAUUGGGGACUGAGGUUAGUGAACAAUCAUUCAUGACAGAGUCUCCUGGAAAAUUGUAUUUUCCAGGGCUGUCAAAUAGUAAUAUCAAUAAUAUUCCACCUUCCUCUGACAGUAUAUCAGAAUCUCAGAAUUCCAAUUUACCAGAAUACCAAUCUGAUGCUUUGUAUAUGAGUAGAGGACCAGCCAUAUCUGCAACUCAAAGACCCAGAUGUUCAUUUUAUGCUCCAUGUCCUUAUGAGUAUCCUAAGCCAACAACAGCAUCUCCUUAUCUACAUAACAGAAUUUCUUACACUAGUACAUCACAUUUGAAUGGUGUGCUUUCACCAAGCAACAAUCCACUUCUUCACACAAACCCAUCUAAUGUUGAUCCAUUCUUUGCAGGUACGGGAUCACCUUCACCUCAAGACCCAGUUGUAUUAGGGAAUCAGGGUGCUUUCCUACCUAUUUAUUCCUAUGUGUAUGGAAUAGACCCUUAUGCACAAAAUGCAUAUUAUUAUAACAGGAGACCUAUUUUGCUAACUCAACAACCGUUCUGGCCUUCUUAUGUGAAAAAUCCAUGGAUCUAUCCUAGACCUGUGGGUGGUGAAUAUGCUAAUGAUCAAGAUACUGACGAUAGCUAUAGUGAAUCAAGUGACAAUACCUCAUCAGAUGUUGAGGAAGAGGACCAAAAAGGUGUUAAUGAAAAUUCAAAAGUAGUGUAACUCUUGUUGAGUUGUUUUUGUAUGUUUUGUGUGUGACAAAGUGUGAAUGUUAAUUGUAUUUAAAAAUAGUAAUAUAGAAGUAUUUAUGUCAAAUUGCAAGCUCUGUUUGUAAACAUUUGUUAUUUUUUGCUGGUAAUAAAUAAAUUAAGACUGUGUUGUAACUUUAUAAUUCAUUUGUUUAAUUUCAAAUAUAAAUAUUUAUAUU